UUAUUUACAAAACAUGGCGUCAUCGUACCACUCGUGCAAUUCUGUGAACGCGGUCACCAAAACUUUAGCAACUUAAGCAUCAACAUAAUUUUUUUUAAACGUAGCUUAAAGCUGUGGAUAAUGAUUAGGCCUUAAUAAUUUUAGCUUUAAAAUAUUGAGUAUUUAGCUAUGAGCUGAUAUAUUCUAAUUAAAUAAUGAUGGAAUCAAAGAAUAAAUCAGCACUUGAACGAGGAUCAGCUUCUGACGCAACAAGUGUGUCCACAUCCAAAAAUGGAUUCAGUCUACGAUCUCAUAUACGAUUUGAACAUUUAGUUGCAGGUGUUACUGGAGGAUUGGUAUCCUCUAUUGUUUUACAUCCACUUGAUUUGAUUAAAGUUCGAUUCCAAGUUGAUGAAGGACCAGGCCAGACAGGAAUCAAAAGACCACAGUACACGGGUGUUAUUCAUGCUUUCCGUGCUAUAGUCCAGUCUGAUGGCUGGAAGGGGUUGUACAGAGGAGUCACGCCAAAUGUUACAGGAGCAGGGUUGUCAUGGGGACUUUAUUUCUUUUUUUACAACACAACCAAAACCUGGAUGCAGGAUGGGGAUACAACUAAAAACCUUGGUCCAGGGAAUCAUAUGUGGAUUGCUAGCUUUGCAGGGUUGGCAACUCUAAGCUUAACAAAUCCAAUCUGGGUCUCCAAGACUCGCAUGUGCCUACAGUACGGCACCCCAGGGAAUGUACAUUUUGUUGGCAUGUGGGAGACUUUAGCCAAUGUUUACAAAUAUGAAGGUGUUCGUGGGCUCUACAGGGGUUAUGUGCCAGGGGUAUUCGGCAUCUCCCAUGGUGCCUUGCAGUUUAUGACUUACGAAGAAAUGAAAACCUUGUAUAACAAACACAGAAACCAGCCAUUGGACACCAGACUGACAUCAGCAGAGUACUUGACCUUUGCAGCCUUGUCCAAGAUGGUGGCAGCUGCCACAACAUACCCGUAUCAGGUUGUAAGGUCAAGGUUGCAGGACCAGCACAGGCAGUACAGUGGAGUCUGGGAUGUGGUGAAACAGAUCUGGGUGCGCGAGUCUUUCCGUGGGCUGUUCAAGGGCCUGAACGCAUACAUGAUCCACAUCGUUCCCAACAUCAUGAUUGUGUUUGGGAUCUACGAGGCUGUGCUCAACCUCCACGCGGAGCUGGAGGAGGACAUGGCCAGUGCUGAGGACAACUGAAUUCUGGCUUUUUACUGAAACCCUAAUUACUGGAACAAGAAAGCAGCUUGAAUGGAAUCUUCUAGAUGGACUAAUAGCUUUUCCCAAGAUUUUUUAAAUACCUUUCAUUGUAUGUUUUGCUCUUGUACAAAGAGUGGCAGGUAUCUGGGUAGAUACACUGGAAUUCUUGUCUUUGUGGUAGUUAUUUCAUUUUGGUAACUACAUGUUAGUGGUUUAUGAAAUUUUUUUUAAUGUAAACAAAUUUCAAUGCAAUUUUAUUUAUUUGAACAGAGACAUGUAAAUAAAAUAUUUUGUGACUUUUUUUUUAACAAUUUUGAGUGAACAUCAAAAAAACAUUUGGUGCAAAUUCUUUUAAAUGAGAUUUUAAUUUUUACUUGUUUUAAUUUGAAGAGUGAUUGGUGUUUUUCAUUUGUGCGGUAAGUAGUCAUCACACUAUUUAGUAAUGAUGCUUUUAGUUUUCUUGUUUUCAUGUUUAUCAUGAUUGUUCUAACAGAUACAUGGCCAGUAUAAUGCCAUAAUCACUUUCAGUUUUUAUCUGAAUUUGCUAAGAUGUGGGUUGUACUAGUGAACACUG